UAAAAAAAUUAUUUUUCAUUAAAUUUCGACAAUUAAAGGGAUUAUUUGGGACCAAAAUAGUUAAUUUUGACGAUUGAACAGUAGCUGAAACCUUUUAUCAUCGGGAUUUUUGACAAAAUUUAAUAUUUUUCGGGAAAAUGGCGAGUAAUGUGAUGGUAGCAGUGCGAAUUCGACCAUUGGUGCAUUCGGAAAUCAUUAAAGGAUGUGUCGAAGUCGUAACAAAAACAGAUGGAGAGCCUCAAGUGAAUGUUCGCGAUAAAGAAGCGUUCACUUUUAACCAUGUAUUUAGCCAGAAAGACUCGCAGGAGCAAGUUUACAGCGAUGCGGUUGAGCCGAUGAUUGAAAACUUGUUCAAGGGAUAUAAUAUAACGAUUUUGGCUUAUGGGCAAACUGGCUCGGGUAAAACCUACACAAUGGGCACCGCUUCAAACGGCGAAGAAGGCCAAAACAUGGGCGUCAUUCCCCGCGCAGUCCGCGAAAUCUUCGAAAAAAUCCAAGAAAAAGACGAUUCCGACGUAAAAAUCACUUGUUCCUUCUACGAAUUGUACAACGAGGAAGUUUUCGACUUGCUCACCGACGAAAACGUGUCCCGCGAGAACAGCGUACGCAAAGUUCAAAUGAACAAAAUCGAGGGCUUAUCCGAAAAAUCCGUUUUUAAACCAGAAGAUUGCUUAAAUUACCUUCAAAGCGGCUCCCAAAAACGAACUGUCGGCGCAACUGCCAUGAACAAAGAAUCAUCCCGCUCGCAUGCGGUUUAUUCGUUGAAUUUAUGCAUCAGCCCUCACGACGGAUCUCCGGAAAUAACAUCGAAAUUUUUGCUGGUCGAUUUGGCGGGAUCGGAGCGUUGUAAGAAGACAAAUGCCACGGGAACGCGCAUGAAAGAAGGCGUCAACAUCAAUAUGGGACUUUUUUCCUUGGGGAAAGUCAUUUGUGCGCUUUGCGAUUCCAAGUCGAGUCACAUUCCGUAUCGCGAAAGCGUUUUAACGCGCUUGCUACAAGAUUCGUUGGGCGGCAAUUCGUACACUUUGAUGAUCGCGUGUGUGUCGCCUGCUGACUACAACGUCGAAGAGACAAAUAACACGCUUGUUUACGCAAAUCGAGCGAAACAGAUCAAAAAUAAGCCCACAGUUAACAUGGAUCCGACCAAACAAGAGCUGAAAAUGCUCAAAGCGGAAGUUGAGAGACUUCGUCUUGCUCUUGUGGGUAAAAAUCCGGGAUUGGCAUAUCCGAAUAUCGGUAACGAAAAUGUCGAUCCCGUCGAAAUGCAACGUUUGAACCAGAAAAAUAACGAAUUGACGAAACAGCUGCAUAAUACCUUGAUCGAUUUGACAAAUGUUGAAAUGAGAGCAAUUCUGGCGGAAGAUGUUUGUGUCGAAGUCGGACAAAAAGUUGACGAAUUCAAACUUUUUAUCCUGAAAUAUUUCGAGGAAAAAUUAAGUGAUCCCGAAACUUUGGCCCAAAUCACUUCGAUGUUCGAAGAAAUCGAUAAAAUCAUGGCGCAAUACAAAAGUGAGAAAAAUCAAACAAUUUCCUCCGUGAACGAUACUUCCAUGAACGAUUCGCAUCACGGGCAAGAUGACAUUCAAGAAAAUUUCGAGAAACAUACCGUCAAGCAACAGGAUUAUGCGACAAAAUUACGCGAUUUGAACACUGCCUUAGCCUUGAAGGAGCAGUUACAUCAAAAAAUCAAAGAAAAUUGUUCGCGUCUCACGACUUACGAUCCCGAUGUGACAAGUGUCGACAUCAACAAGGACUAUCUCGAGCAAAUUCAGCACCUUACAAAAGAGUUGGAAGACGUUAAAAAUCAAAAGACUGAACAAAAAUGCGCCAAACUCGCGGAGGAACGUCGUAAAAAAGUACAAGAGCUCGAAGGAAAAAUCGAAGUUUUACGCAAAAAAUGUCAACAACAAGAAAAAUUGCUGAAACUCAAGGCUAAAGAUGGCGAACGCGUCAAAUUACUCGAUCGCGAGAUCAAGGAAAUGAAAACGUCGAAGGUUAAGUUGAUUCGGCAGAUGCGUCUCGAGAGCGAUCAGUUCCGUCAAUGGCGUUUAAGUAAGGAACGGGAAAUAACGAAGAUGAAAGAAGUCGAUCAAAAGCGAAAAUUGGAGCUGAUUCGCAAGGAAUCGAUGCACCAAAAGCAACAAAAUGUCCUGCGACGCAAGAUGGAAGAAGCAAUUGCCACAAGUAAACGUCUCAAAGAAGCCCUGGACAAACAAAGUUCAGCUCGGGCACAAAAAAAUUCCAAAAAUACGAAUAUUCAACAGAACUUGAUCAAUGAACUGCUGGUUAUACAUUCCAUUGUUGACGCGAAAAUGUCUGUUAAGAGUUUGAUGGAUGAUCGGGCAACCCUAAAUGCGCGCCUUUUACAGAUCAAGAAGCAUCCGAAGGAAAAUGCGGCAGAAAUUCAGUCAAUUCAGCAGCAAAUCGAACUCAGAAGUGCCCAAAUUUCAGAUUUGCAGACCCAGGUGAUCUCCAUGGACAUUGAUGCGAAGAUCAAAGAGAUCGGAGAUCAAAUUUCCAAUAUGGCGGAUUACAAAAUGGCGUACAAUUCGCUUAUGAAGCAAUCAAUUACCGAUCGGGAGAAUUACAUUCAAUACAAAUUGGAGAUGGAUGAGUUGCGAGUGCAUGCGGAACAGCUGGAAGAGGAUUCGAAAGCGCAAAAAGAUCUUUUGAGACAACAAGAAUUGAAAUAUGAGCAACGAAUUAACGACAUGCAAAAACAUUAUGAGGAGAAAAUGUCGUGGGUUUUGCGUGAAAUUGAUGUUUUGAAGAAAAAAGAAUCCCUGAACGAUACUUUUGUCAUUGAAAGUGAAAAGGGAUUCGGCGAAGCGAUGGCUGACACAAUGGAGCAACUUCGUAACGAACUCGAAAGCUACAAACAAAAAUGCGCCGACCUCGAAGCUCAGUUGGAAAAUAAGGCAAAACCGGCGCCAAAACAGAAAAAAUCCGUUAGUCGUGUCUACGAAGAUCCCCAUAGCGAUUUUGAGUUUAUCGAUGAAACCGACGACGAUGAAGAUGAUGAUCUCGAUAAUUCGACUUUGGAUCCCGAAUGGCGGAAAACUCCGUUGUCGAAACGAACGCGUCGCACAACGUCGUUGAUUCGCAAGUCGUUUGCCAUUCCAGAUGUGCCGCGGAAAAUGUCGACUGAGGGACCCAAUAAGUGUGCCUGUAAGGGAAAUUGCAGUACGAAAGUUUGUUCGUGUCGUAAAAGGAAUGAGAGAUGCGGCGAUCAUUGCAAGUGUGACCACGAGAAAUGCCUGAAUAUCGUGAAAAAUGAAUUUAAUGAGAAUGACGAGAAUGAGGGCGAAAUGACGCCGAUGGUUAAGAAGGAAGGGAAUGUCUCGAGGAAACAUAGCAUGGAUGAGGAUGGUGCUAAUGCCACGUUUGAUACGAGUGUUGCCACGCCGAAAAAGAUGAGAUUACCCGACUUGGAUGUGACAACUCCUGUUUACAUUUACUCACAAAAGAAGCGGAAACCUUUAUUGGAGCCUGAAUUGCUCAACAAUAAUGCUGCAAAACAUCUUCAGUUGCCUCAAUGAACUCGAAAAAUGAUCCUU